UGGGCGUUUCCUAGCCUGAAGGUUGGCCCUGCUGCUGUUGCGUUCGGAGGUGACGGAGCUGUCUCGCUGUUUGUCGGACUGAGGGGAACUUCGCGGCCACUACGGGUGUGGCUUUAAACGUGAGAAAUCUCAACCCCGGGUGAAGCUUGCCUAACGGCGACAGAGCCGAGUAAAGAAAGAGCCACACUUCAAACAGCAAAGAUACUGAAGCAGAGAGCGAGCGUGUGCUCGGCAGCCUGACUGACACGGAGGAAUCCGUGUGCUCGCCUUUCAACAGCUGGAAUACUUUUUUCUUUCCUUUUCUUUCUUGGCUCAACUUCGUGGCCCGUUUUCGUGCGUGCGCGUGUGACCUGCUCCCAUGUUCUGCGGGAGGAAUUAGACAAAACUCCACCGAAUAAAAAGUUUCUUUUCCGGUCGCUGGACAACUUCUCCACGCUGUCAAGAAAGCACCGAUGCUGACCGAGUGACCGAAUCAGCACCGACACGUCGGGAAUUUUCGUGAACCCCCCUCCCCACAAAAAAAAGUUCGUAUCGGGAACUCUGCAGUCUCCGUGGAUGAAAGGACUCCGUCACCACUCUUGAAGAAGAAAAAAAGCAAGUCGACCCAAACUUCAACCCUUAUUUCAGAAAUAAGGGUCUUUGGACUGUGCCAUUAUAUAUUUUUUCUCCAGUGAUAAUUGCCCACUAAACAGCAGACCUGAAGCGCGCACUAGGAACCAUGGGGUGUACAGUCAGUCAGGAAGAUAAAGCCGCGGCCGAGAGGUCUAAAAUGAUUGAUAAAAACCUGAGAGAAGAUGGAGAGAAGGCGGCGAGAGAAGUGAAACUGCUGCUGCUGGGUGCUGGCGAGUCAGGGAAGAGCACCAUUGUGAAGCAGAUGAAGAUCAUUCACGAGGAUGGAUACUCAGAAGAUGAGUGUAAGCAGUACAGAGCGGUGGUCUACAGUAACACAAUCCAGUCCAUUAUGGCCAUCAUCAAAGCCAUGGCAAACCUCAAGAUUGACUAUGAGGAAGCUUCCAGAGCGGAUGAUGCUCGCCAACUGUUUGCCCUGUCAGCCGCUGCGGAGGAGCAGGGCAUCCUUCCAGAUGACCUGGCCAACGUCAUCCAACGACUGUGGGCCGACAGCGGCGUCCAGAGCUGCUUCACACGGGCCAGAGAGUACCAGCUCAAUGACUCUGCAGCCUAUUACCUAAAUGACCUGGAGAGGAUAGCCAAGACAGAUUACAUCCCCACACAGCAAGACGUGCUGCGGACUCGGGUCAAGACCACUGGCAUCGUGGAAACACAUUUCACCUUCAAGGACCUGCACUUCAAGAUGUUUGAUGUUGGUGGCCAGCGGUCAGAAAGGAAGAAGUGGAUCCACUGCUUCGAGGGAGUCACAGCCAUCAUCUUCUGUGUCGCCAUGAGUGCUUACGACCUGGUCCUGGCCGAGGAUGAGGAGAUGAACCGGAUGCACGAGAGCAUGAAGCUGUUUGACUCCAUCUGCAACAACAAGUGGUUCACGGAGACGUCCAUCAUCCUCUUCCUCAACAAGAAGGAUCUGUUCGAGGAGAAGAUUGCCCACAGCCCUCUGACCAUCUGUUUCCCUGAGUACACUGGUCCUAACAAGUACGAGGAGGCCCAGGCUUACAUCCAGACCAAAUUUGAAGACCUGAACAAGAAGAAGGACACCAAGGAAAUCUACACCCACUUCACCUGCGCCACCGACACCAAGAACGUGCAGUUUGUGUUUGACGCCGUCACCGACGUCAUCAUCAAGAACAACCUGAAGGACUGUGGCCUCUUCUAAUAACACAUCUGAGAAAGUCAAGAUUACUUGAACAGUUCUAACAACGACGGGGGAACAUACACACAUCAUGAAUGACUGCACUGGCCAACCACGAUUCCUGCUUUGAUCUGCUUUUUAUAAAAACACCUAAGAACUGAAAACUCGACGGGCCUCGCAGAAUUUCAACAGUUGCUGAUCAGUCACUCGUAUCAUUAACUCUUUGGGCUAUGACCACAGAAAAGAAUCAACAUUUAUUUUGUAUUUUUUGUUCCUUUUUUUUCUUCCACUUUCACCUUUC